UCAUCAUGAAAUUUUUCUCUUCUUCUUCUACCAGUUGCUGCUGCUGUGUUUUAGUAUGAUUCACUCUUGGCGGCGGUUCACUGACGGUAACAAUGGAGAAACUGAGAAUAAUAGUGAACGAAAUCGCCUACACGCAAGACUACAGUAAGCUCUCCAUCACUCAACGCUCGCUAAUCCCUCUUCUCGCCCUAUCGUCCUCUCUUUACAGCGUCGCCCUCUCUCUCCGCCGUUAUCUCUACCGCUCCGGCAUCUUCUCCAAGCACCGAUUGGCAGUACCAGUGAUAAGUGUUGGGAAUUUAACAUGGGGAGGCAAUGGGAAGACGCCAAUGGUUAAAUUCAUUGCUCAAUUCUUAGCCCAUUCUCGAAUUUCUCCUCUCAUUCUUACCAGGGGUUAUGCUGGUGGAGAUGAAGCUAAGAUGCUGGCAAGGCACCUAGGAAAAUCUGUAAAGAUUGGUAUAGGUGCGAAUCGAGCUGCUGUUGCUGCUUCUUUUUUGAAACAAUAUGGACACAGGGACCCUCAUGGUGAUUUAUUCAAGGGAUCAUGGGCUGAUAGCAAAAUUGGAAGUACAAGUGACUCAGAAAAAAUUGAUCUUGUUGUUCUAGAUGAUGGAAUGCAGCACUGGAGUUUGCACCGUGACCUUGAGAUUGUAAUGAUUAAUGGGCUAUCACCGUGGGGAAACUGCCAACUAAUCCCACUUGGACCUUUAAGGGAACCUUUGACAGCCCUCAGAAGAGCAGAUGUUGCUGUAGUUCAUCAUGCAAACUUGGCUACAGAACAAAAUCUCAAAGAUAUUGAGAUAAUGGUACGGGAAAUUAAAGAAUCUCUUCCUAUUUUUUUCACUGGAAUUAUUCCAUCACACUUUUUGGAAGUAGGAAAUAUCAACUUUAGAAUACCGCUGAGUAUCAUUCAUAAUGCCGUUGUUCUAUGUGUUUCUGCAAUUGGCUCAGCACGUGCUUUUGUGCAAGGAAUGGGGAAGAUGGGAGCUUUUCAUGUUGAUCGAAUUGAUUUCAGUGAUCAUCAUUUGUUUCAAACCAGGGAUAUUGAGACGAUCAUGACGAAACUCAGAGCACUAGAGGACAAGCUUGGUUCCAAGCCAGUAGUUGUUCUCACAGAAAAGGAUUAUGAUCGAGACCCAGAGAUCCUCCGGCAUAUGAGUCCUUUCAAAGUGCUGGUACUGUGCUCCGAACUGGAAAUCAUUCCUAAAAGAGGACACACUGAGGACAGUUUCAGAAAAUUGUUAAAGCAACUGCUGGAGACGAAAUGGUGAAGUUCAUAAACCAGAAAUCGGUGCAAUUUUUGUAAGCAUGCACCUGAGGAUAUAUCUCACCCUGAAUUCCCCUGUGCUUGAUUUUCUUUUGAAAAUAAACGCAUAAAAUUCUGGAAAUUUGAAAAAUUAUAUAUUAUAUAUAUAUAUAGGUAAUUUGAAAAGUAUUACUACAAUUUGUUGACUUGUGGUUUAUUUUCUAUAAUAGUAACUCUUUUGAUUGUAUAUUUUUGAUUAUUUAAUUGUGUAUUUUUUAAAAAUUUCAGUGGUGUGUCUAUACUGUUUUUGGUUACUUGUAAUUUAUAUUGAGUUGAUUUAUUGAUAUAUGGUUUAUAUUGAGUUGAUUUAAUAAUAUAUUAUUGUCCUA